UACCAAGCUCUGAACAGACAGCAUAGUCGAUAACAGAUUCAUCGAUCCGGCUACCCAUGCUUUAUUUUCACCAUGGAGAAGCCUGUGGGUUCUUUACAAGAGCAAGCUUUAAAAAGAAAAGAAAGAUUAAAAGCUCUACGAGACCGGCAACUUCAAGGACAGGCAUCUGAGGAUGGAGAGCCUGAGAGAAAAAGAGCUCUGGAGGACUCUGAGACAGAGGACAGACAUAGUGCAAGAAUCACUGGGCAGCCCUUGCCUCUAAUCUUAUUCUCUUUUUUCACUCUUGACUUGUGUUCUCAGGAUCUGGCCAAUCUUGCCCCCAGAAAACCAGACUGGGAUCUAAAGAGAGACGUUGCCAAGAAGCUUGAGAAAUUAGAGAGGCGAACACAGAAAGCCAUUGCUGAACUUAUACGUGAACGGCUCAAGGGAAGUGAGGAAGAGCUGGCUGGAGCGGUUGGAGCAGUUGGCGUGGAAGAGGGAGACUAGGAUUGAAUCUGUUGAGAAUGACGGUCACGCACAACUGAUUUUCUAGAAGUUUCCUGCCCAAAUCCUCAUUACAUAGCAGCGUGUGUUUAAAACAGAUUUUUUUUUUUAUGCUGAGCUCAGCAUGAGUUCACACACAUCCAGAUCAGGUGAUUGUGAGAGAGAGUGAGAUACAGAAAGGAAGAAUCAGAGGAAUAAAGGUGUUUUUGUGUUUCAUUAUGGAGUACACAAAGACGACGUUCUCCUUUUUAUUAUUAUUUUGUUGUUUUGUAUAAGUAAACAGUUCUUUCUCUUCUAAAUUGACUCGGUCUUUUUCCUUUCUGGGUCUUAUGAUUAAAAACAUUUUCCAAUGUCAGUACACUUCUUUUAAAACAGAACUUGAAUGCUGAU